AUGUCCACUUCUCAUUUCAAUCAAUGGUCGGGUUCUAUCGAGAAGAUUGGGGAUGAAUUCGACAUUCUUAACCUGGCAACCGACAUCUCUACCGAUUCCAAUGGCAAAGCACGAUUCCCUGCCAUUCUCAUGGACAAUUUCAGACCAGUCGACUUGUGCCAGAUUCUUGCAGAUUGGAUGACUACGUUAUGGGUACAAAGUGGGCAGAGGGCGCCUCUACCGUUUGCUAUGCAACUCAGUGACCCUACGGACAAAAACAAAAUCUCCAGUGCUGACAUCACCAACCUAUCCUCUCACCUUGUCAACAACUAUACACUCAAUGGUCAAGUCUUCACCCUUAUCCCAUCAGAACAAGCAACAGUAAAAGAUAAUGCUUAUAUGACCUACGACAACGUUUCUCAUAGUCAACGUAGCAACAACAAACAGGUUGAAGGGAAGAAUGGCGUGGAUGCUGAAGUGGGUCAACACAGUCAGGACAAAGGGAAAGCUAAGGCCUACGACAACUCCUCUGAUUCAUCGACAGAUUCUGAAGAAUCCGAAGAAUUGGAAUCUGAUGGCAAUGAAGAGCACCACCACAAGAUUGGGGCCAACGAUGAACAGGAGGAAGACGAGGAGGAAGACGAGGAAGACGAGCUACCUAGUCCCUGCAAUCGCAAACUGGAAGACACUGUAGAACAAGGACCUACUACGCUGUACCAUUCUUUGCCCCCUGUAGUAGAAAAGGGACCACACCCUAUGCAAUGCCAAUCUCAUCUGACCCCAACCCCUGCUCCAGAACCCCCUAUUCCGCUGAUCGAUAUUUCUUUUGACGUUGAUCAAGAUGCUGAGCAGACAACAGUCAAGGUGAAGAAAAACAGCCGCAACACAUCAAUGACUGUACCUCCCCGGACUCGAGGUGCUGCUAAGGCAGGAAAACUGGAAGCCGAACAAUGUCGACCAUCCUGUUCAGCAGCAGGGAAAGUAAAAGAGAAGACCACAGAGCAGUAUGGGCUAAAGCAAAACUGGGGAGGACCAUCAGGCACUAUUGGAGCCAGCGCAUGUGGGAAUAUGGCAGGAUCUAAGAGGAAGAGAAACAAAGCACAAGGUUCAGGGCAGGAGAGGGUUCAGAAGAAGUCGAAAAGGAUUAUCUAA